GUAUUCUACUUACGUUAGUGCUUAAAAUUUCGUUGCAGCGCUGCGCUUUUAAACGAGCAUCGCGGUGCGAUACAACUAAUCGCCUUACCUUCUCAGCUGUUUACCAACGGGCAGUCAUCUGACGGUAUCUUCGUUGCGCUGCUGUAUUAUAGUUAUGUGUCGCUUGUCUUAGCCAUUUGCGUUUCGUUUAAAAGUUUUUAGUGCUUACGCGCUUUCAUCGAACAUAUGCUGGUCGGGAAGUCAAGCUUGGCUCGACAACAGUCCGAGUUUGAAGCGGGUGCAUUUUGCCGCCAGUGCAGCUGCCAUGUCGAUCCAGGCCGGGCUCACAGCCGACUCUGCCAUCGCCCUGGUGCAGCGAUAUCUCAGGAAGGAGCGGCUCCACUGGCGGCCCAGCACCUAUGCUUCACAGGGGGAAGAGAUCACGCCUGUCCAACGGAACCACACCGUGAAAUGGCUGACUGUCCUCAACCGUUACCUGAAGUUCAAUCCUGAGACUCUCUUCCUCUCGGUCACACUCAUGGACGAGUUCCUCCUCUUGGUUAGGGCACAACCAAAGUACCUGAAAUGUAUUGCUAUUUCGUGCUUCUACUUAGCGUCCAAGAUUAUUGAGGAAGAUGAGGUGGUUCCACAUAUCAAGGAUCUGAUCAAGAACUGUGACUGCAUCUUUAGUGUGUCUGAGAUUACUCGCAUGGAGGCAUUGAUUCUCAAGAAACUCAGAUGGGACCUCUGUCGAGCCACAUCGCUUGACUUCCUGCACGGGUUUUAUGCCCUGCUGGUGUUGAACAGAGGCCUUCUCCUGCCAGACCAGUCUGAGCAGCAGUUGGCAGCUUUGGGUCCCCUGCUGGAAACCAAGCUGCAGAUCUGCCUCGAUCAGGCGUCUCUGGUGGCGACAAGGCCCUCCACCUUGGCCCUGGCCCUGCUCAGCCUUGAGCUGGAGACCUGGACUCCCAACUGGUUCGUCAUCACCAUCGCCCUGCAGCGGCUGGCUCAGGUUGAGAACAGCGACGUUAUUCGGUGCCGAGAAGAGUUGGCCUGCAUCUUUGCCAGAGCACGCACGGCCGUGUCACGAAAACACCGACACUCAGACUCCCAGAACGCCCACAAGCCGUCAAAGAGAAGGAUGGAGACGACGGACAUCGAAGACAUUUACGACAGCAUCAAAAGGCUGUACGGGGAGGAAACGGCAUCGACGACGUCGCCACCUGCGGCCAGUGUCUCGUGUGGCAUGCACCAGGGCCAAGGGGGCAUCAGCAUACCUGGCUUUCCUGUCCGCGCCAUGUAGAAGGAACUGCCCCAGUUGAUAUGGGAGAGCCUCACAGAAGGACUCUUAACCAGAGGCCAAGCAAAGGAAGCCAGGCCUGGUGCCAGCCCAAGACAUUUCUUCCCGCCCACAUCACUAGUCCAUUCUUUUGUCUUAUUUGCUUUCGUUUUUAUUAGGGCAGGGCCAGUUUAAAUGCAACUGAAAAGCACCCCUUCAAAUGUUUCUGUGCAGUAAUUGUAUCAGGAUUAUGGUCUAGUCGCAUGCCACAAAAAAAAAUGUUACGCUGCUUACGUUUUUUUUCUGUUUAGAGGCUCUGCAAUGGCACUUCACCGAUGCAACCAGAACCUUGGAACACUUUUUUGCGAGACUGCGUAAUAUCUCGUAGGCGGCUGCUUCCCUGGUUUUGCUAGUAUGUUUUAUUUUAAUUUUACAUUUUGUUAUACAUAUACACACACACAAUUGGUUGCUAUGGCAGUGUUUUUAUUUUGAGCGUUGUCACCGUCGUGCAUGCUGCGCGUACACCUGCGCGUUUGGUCAAUGCCACAUCGAGCAGUGGCCUGGAGAAUGCCGGUUUUUAGAAAGGGUGCUAAAUUCGUUUUUUAGUUUACGAAAAGCAAGUGUACUUUUAUGCGGAACAAAUGUAUAUUGGUGUCCACGUUUUCAUGUGCUUUGUCCGAGAGAGUGCAGAGACAUUUUUAAAAUGCCAUUUUACACGAGGGCCGCUUGAGGCCUUAAAUCUUUCUCUCCCCCGCCCGUACAGUGGGCCGGUAGUGAUUUGAGGAAGGUCACCAAAAACGUUGCAUUUCAAAAUAAUUACGCAAGUUGACAAGUAAUUGUUUGAAACAUGUCGUACAUCACAGUACAGCUACACUUUACGACACAUAUCGCACUUGAAGGGAACAUUUCGUUGGUACGGUAGCACUAGUUGCAGCUUGGAUCGGAAACGGAAGACCUGCAUUGGCCAUUCUUAUCUGAGAAAAGCAUCCGAAUGAAUAUAAUGUCUUGGAAGUUGUUCUUCUCGAGUAAUGAUAUGUUCCCUGAAAGUGUGACAUGUACCAUGAAACAUGUCUGGAAAUCUGCAGCAAUAAGUGUGUUGAGCACCACCUUGCUUUGCUGUGUCGUAUGUGUUCACAGAUUAUUUGUUGAUGUUCUUAGCCCACUUGCCUGGACAAGUUCUGCUUUAAAGCUAUUCUUCCCAGAUGCAAUCCACCGAAACCUUUUCAUUCCAGUGCACGAGUGGCAUGUUGUCUGUCAGCUGUCACUUUUCUACAAGCUUGCUGUGAGCACCAACUUUUAAGCCUGCGGGCGUCGUGGAAUUGUUGGGGAGAGCCCAUGUCUCGGAAGUGUCCGUCGUUUUUGUGUCGUGUUUGUGUCUUUCUGUUUUAUAUUGUAGAUUCUAUGUUCUACAAGAAGAGUACAUUGUACAAAAAAAAAAAAAAUGUAUAAUAUGUAAAAAAUGUAAAAAAAACUCAUAAUCCUAAAAAACCAAAAAAACAUUGUAAAUGAUCCUCAUUUCAUCACCCAUUUUAUCAUUUUUAAGAGUGCGAGGCACAUAGUUUUUAUGUUUCUUUUAAUGCUCCCGACAUGCCCGUGUUUUUUCCUGUGAGAAAGGAAUCGCUGCCCAGUGUUCUGGCAACCCACUUCUUUGGAGGCAUUAAAAACAAGUAAUUUAUGAAACCUA